GCACAUACAAACAAACAACCGUUCGCACUCACCCUCACACUCACACCUACGGGCAAUUUCGAGUUGUCUUCAAACACUGAAUUGUAUUCGUUAAACAGAAGAAAUUCCCAUUACGAGUCGUACUCGUAUCACUAUUUCAUUCUCGUGGCCUCAGUUGGCUUUGUUUGAAUGCGUGGAAUCGGCUUACGAGACAAAUUCUUGUUUUUCCGAGGGCUCUUGAAGCACUCCCAGUCACGUGAAACAAGCCGGAAGUGGCAGUCAAGUGGAACGAAGAAGACGAAAGGAUGACGACUGCUGCCCUGACUGCGGGCCUGGAGCGGAUCCCGGACCAGCUCGGCUAUCUGGUCAUCAGCGAGGACGGCGUUCUGGCCUCUUCAGGUGAGCUGGAAAACGACGAGCGCACAGCUGGCGUGAUGAUGCAGAUGGUUCGCACGGCUGCUCGCUUGAGGUUGGCGGGAUCGGCCGACGUGCCCUUCAAACGCAUGUCGGUCAUCUUGGAGGAUUUUGUUUUCACAGUGACCGCUUCGGGGCAGAAGGUUUUUGUGGUCAAACGGCAGAACAACCAGCAGGAACCAAUCGGCGUUUAGAAAGGCAAAGCCAAAGUGAUGUCACGUAUAUUUGUAGGACACAUUUCAAUAAAAUGUUGAAACUUGAAA